CAAAACCUAAAAACCAUUGCCGCUGCUUAAUAAGCAAGAAUGGCUCGUUCUAUCGCAAACGCUAAGGUUUUCUCUGUUCUAAUCGCCGACGCCAUCUCCGUCAGCAGGCGGGGAUACUCGGCGGCUUCAUCGCAAGCUCCGGCGGUGACAGGGUCUGUCAGAAGUGGCGGCAUAAACUUAAUUCCGACGAAAGGGUCGGAAGAAUCGUUGAUUAAAUCUCCAUGGGUGCCGGACCCGAAAACUGGUUUCUAUAGACCGGAAAACCACCCGGAGGAAAUGGACGCCGCCGUGCUCCGGGAGAUGGUUUUGAAGAACAGUGCAAGACAGAAUUAAAAUAAUAAAAGGAGAAAGGAAUUAUUUCAUGGGCACCGCCGUUUCAGUUUUGUUAUUUUCUAGGAGGGAAUACUCUGUUUUAUGGGAUUAC